AUGCUUAGAGGAAACAAAGUUUAGAAUUCAUUCUGCUAAUCCAUCCCAUGCAUUAUUAGACCCACUUUAUAGAUGAAGAAACCAUUACUAUGGUUGAAUACUUAAUAUAAGGAAGAAGCAAGAGUAGAUUAUACUGUUAAUUUUAGUUGGACGACAUCAAAUUGCCGCAAUCAGUCAUCACCCAAAAAUUGAAGUUCUUAGUUAACAGAAAUGAUUUCAUCAAAGAGUUAAGCAAUUUCUCAUUGCAUUCCAUUCAAUCCUAAUAUUAUUAGAAAUCCUUGUAUGAUAUCUCUCAUGUAAUCCUUUUUGUACUAUUCUAGUUUAUUGAGUAUUCGUAAUAAAGCAAUUAAGUACACAUCGAUGAAUAGGAAGCAUCAAUGUCUGGUUUGAAGUUAUUUCAAGUAUUCUCACCAGAACAAAUUCAACUGCUCAAAUUUCAUUUCAAUUAGCCUUAAAGUAUCACCAGCAUUUCAUUUAUUGAUGGUGCAAUCAAUCUCAUUAAGAAUGUUCAUUCAUUUUAGGAUAGUUUGUUUGUAAACUUUGCAUCCAAUUUGUUUGAAUUGUUCUAUGAACCUUAGAACAACAAGAAGUCAAAAUAGCAAGAUGAAAAAUUUAAAGAACUAUUCUAAGAAUUUGGAAUUGUUUUAUACAAGUUUGAUUAUCUCUCAUAAUCUUAACCAUUGAAUAUUGCCAAAAUUAUCGGACAAUUAUAUGAUUUGAUGAUCACAAAUUCAAUUAAAUUGAAUGAUUUCACCCAUUAUCGUAAGACUGCUAACAACUUCAUCCAGAAAUAUUACGGAAUUCAAUCACACAAAAUGAUACAACCCAAUAUUGUUGACUACAAAAACAUUUUAUACACAAUCUUUCUCAGUGAAAUCAGACCAGAAGCCUUGAUACAAGAUGCAGUCAAUAGGUACUACUAUUAAUAUAUAAAUUCAGAUUUGCCAAUUCUGGAAUCUAGAGUGGUUCUAUAUCUUCAAAUAUUGAUAUCAUGAGCAUGAUGUUAUUGCAUGGUGUUCCAUGCACUGAGAAUUUCCUUAAUAAACUAAAGAAUUCUAAAAGAUAGAGAUUGACAAUUGGUUAAUUGUAUGUCCUAUUAAAAUGUUAUGAACUUGCUAAGGUCCCUUUAUAUGAAUUUAGCCAGACUUUAUUUUUGGAGUAUUUCAAUAAUUUGAUUAUGUUUUAGCGUUGCCAGUUUCAUCUCUCAUGAUAAAUAACUGCAAGAUGGCAAUUCAGUAUUGAUGCUAGCUAGAAUUUGUAAUGAAUUGUUUUCAAGUUCCUUCAUUACAUCCAAGGUUGCUUAAGAAAGAAGAAAUGAUAAAAUUUUGAAUUUUCUUGAAAGGAAUGUUCAAAGACACAUUGAUCAACUCAACUUUAAUCAUUUACUUUUCAUUUCAAAUGUCUUUAAUAAACACUUGAAAUAACCCAAUUUCUUGAUUAAUUUGCUUCAUGAUAAAUUGAGUGAAAUCAAACUCAAUGAGUCCUCACUCAGUUUAUAUAAUGAUUUCCUAGAAAUUACUCAUGACUUCUUCAAAGAAUAAUACACUCAUAUCAAACAACAAGUGUUUGAUUAUGGACUUGCACCUUCACAAGAAUAUCAAGCAGUUACGAAGACCUUUGUUGAAAAUCUAAUCCAAUUUCAAUUCACCAGCAUACUAGCCACAAACAUUCUAAAGGUCGUAUCCUUAUCAUGUAAACAACAAAACAAUUAACAAUAGGCUUUUAAUUUGAAAAAUCAAUCAUUUUAAAACUCAUCUCUAAACCUAGUUUAUUUUCUAAUGAUGUCAAUCUAUUGACUAAAGUUAUGAAAUUAUAUGAUAUCCCAAUCAAUUAGGAAAUCCUAAGUAUCAUCAUGAAUGGAAACAAGGAUGAUUAGAUCAUGACCGUAGAAUCAAUCUAUUAUGUGUGUCAAAUGAAUGGUUUGAAUUCAGAACAACAGGCUCAAUUAAAGUAAUUUGCUUAGGACAUCAUAUAUGCAUUAUUGGCAGAAAACGAACAAUACUUGGUUGAACAACGACAAAUUGAUGACUUCUUACAUACAUACUCUUCAUAAAUCAAUCAAUAGCCCUUUGAAUCAGUGCAAUACUUCCCAGAAAUCAUCAAUACAUUACAAAUAACCUUUGAAACUGAACAGAUUGCAAUCCUUAAUAAACUAUAUGAGAGAACUUGUGUCCUCUGGCAUUCAGAUAUUUUAGUCAAGAACUUGAUUUUAAUUGAUAAAAUGAAUGUAAAUAUUCUCAAUUAACCUUUAGAUUCUUAACUAUUAGAUAUAUAUCAAAUCAUCAGAAAAUCUCCUUAGUUGUUUCGAUUUAGUAAAGGAUGGUACAGAGGUCUUACCCUCAGGAUUACUUGCUGAUAAAAAAGUCUAGAUGUCUCUACUCAAAGCAUUCCUAUAGUAAAUCAGGAAUUCUACUCAUCAAUUUUAAGAGAGUUUGAAAAUCAUAGGCUAUUUGGCAUAUCUGAAUAUUGAAUAGUUCAAUAAUGAAGAUGUAAUGGUAUGAAUUAAACACCUAUAUUUAGUUAUUUUGCAAAGCCUUAGGUAAUACUAAAGAUGUAUACUUUUACGAUUUGCAAGUUUAUCUUGAAAAUUAUUUGUCUGAAAACUAAUUGCCAAAUGAAUCAAAUAUUAUUCAGUUCAGUUCAUACUUCCCUUUUAUUCAUUUGAAAGUUCGUUAAUUAUUGAAGGACAACUUUGAAAAAAAUAAAAUAGAAAAAUUAUCCUUGGAACUAUUAAUGGCUUCUUAAAAUCAAUAGGUUGGAAUUAAUUCCAUUGAUUAAUUAUUUGAACAAUUAGACAACUAAGAGAAAUAGAAGUUUAUCAAACCAAUUCUCUAGAAUUUAAUUUAAACUUGGGAUCUAAAAUGUUCUAUUGAUACAAUCAUAAGAUUUGCUUCAUAAUGCUAUGAUGAAUAUGAUUCAGAAUUCAAAUUCAUAUACUUAGUAUUAGAAUUCCUUAAUCGAUCAAAAUCAUCCAUUUCUAUUACAAUGGCAUAAGAUGAAACCUACUUUUAAUUGCAUUUUAAUUAAAAGAUUGUUGAUUCCACAUUUGAUACCAAGGUAUCAGAAUUAUUUAAUGGCAUUGAUCUCAAAGGACUCAAUUUCAAAACCACGAAAGAGAAUAUUAAUUAUUUCCCUUCUAUUACAACUGAGAUGAAUUAUAAUGAAUUACCAAAAUACAAGGUUUCAAUGAUCAAAAAACAACAAAAAGCAAAGGAAGAAUUGCCUGAAGGAAAGGAUUAACUUUCAUACUUUUUGAAAAAUCACAUCAAUAAUUUGUCUUUGUAACCCUAAUAUAAGUAUAUUGAUUCUCUAAUCUAUUUGAUGAUAUUGAAUGGAUUGGAAGUAUCAAAAUAUUUUGGAUAGAUUCCAAAGGAAAACUAUACAAAAAGAAUUCAUAUGAUCAAGAAAGACAAGAAAUAUUUAGAAUUCUUAGUGAAUAUGCAAACCAAUAUGGCAGAUUUAGAAAAUAAGUUCAGAUUUUUCAGUGGCAUUGAAGAAUCUUAACUCUCCUUAUUUAUUUGUUUAAAGAUCGAGAACAUUGAAAAUCCAACUUCUCUUCCAGUAUUUCUUCAAUAUGUUUCGAAAAAUAAUACUGUUAUAUCACCAAAUGGUCUGUCAUUAAAUCCCCUUGUGUUGUUAGAAUCUUUAGUGUUGUCUGAAAAAGGAUAAGUAUAUUUGAUAAAUUUUAAUAAAUGGAUUCAAGUUUAUCAAAAUAAAUAGAAAUAAAAAGAUUUUUUUUAAAUGUUGACCUAAUGA